AUGAUGCACCCAUCGAGACAGGCGUAUGUAGAGGAAGCCGAAGACACAGACAUGGGCAUCAGUCUCGCAGAUCUACCCACCGACCGCGACUAUGACCUCCCCUCCGCCGCCGCCGGAAUCGCACCGGAACGCGCAUCAGCACUCCUCUCACAAUUCGAACGCAAACGCCGCGCAGCAGCCAUCGUAGUCCCCACAGACGAUACUCGCGUCCGUCUACGACUGCGCGAACUCGGUGAACCAAUCACACUCUUUGGCGAAGGGCCCGGUGAUCGUCGAGACCGGUUACGAGAGCUAUUAACCACUUUACAAGAACGACAAGAAAGUGGUGAAGAUGUUGACAUGUUACGCGAAAGAGCACAGACGGCGACUCCUGCUGCCGCUGAAGAAGAGGAGGAAGGUGACCAACAGGAAGAAUUUUAUACAGAGGGAUCACGGGAGUUACUCGAUGCGAGGAAGAAGAUUGCACUAUACUCUUUACCGCGAGCCAAGUCGCGAGUUGCGUGGCAAUUGGAACAGUCCAAGAUACCAUUACGAACACAUAUAAAACAUCGCAAAGCCGUCAAGGAGAAAUUACAAGGUUUUGAUUUGUAUGGGUCACAGAUUGCGGCCGAUAGACCUGUUAGUAUUGCUCGAUUUUCGCCCAAUGGACAGACAGUUGCAACGGGGAAUUGGGCGGGGGGUAUCAAAUUACUUAGCGUGCCGAAUCUGGAUGAGAAAUUUAGUGUCAAGGGACAUAGUGAUCGUGUCAGUGGACUGUCGUGGUUUCCCGGCGCUACGUUAUCGUCAUCAAAUGUGUCGGAAUCUUCACUGAAUUUCGCCUCUGGUGGAGGAGAAGGGAAUGUUAAUUUGUGGUCGUUGGAUAAAAAGGAACCUUUAGCGACGUUGUCGGGACAUACGGAACGGGUUUGUAGGGUGGAGUUUCACCCUUCAGGAAAAUACGUGGCGUCUGCUUCGUAUGAUACGACCUGGAGAUUAUGGGAUGUUGAGACCACGACGGAAUUGUUAUUGCAAGAAGGUCAUUCGAAAGAAGUCUACUCGGUCGCGUUCAACUCUGACGGGUCGCUAUUGGCUAGUGGUGGGUUGGACAGCUACGGCAGAAUCUGGGAUUUGCGGACUGGUCGAACGGUCAUGGUUCUUCAGGGACAUAUUCGGGAAAUCUACGGUAUCGAUUGGGGUGUUGAUGGGUAUCGUGUCUUGACCGGUUCGGGAGAUGGAUGGGUAAAAUGCUGGGAUUUGCGCAAAGUCGACUGCAGCGGUAAUAUCGGUGCACACAAGAGUGUCGUCUCAGAUGUGCGGUGGUAUAAAGGAUGCGAUUCCUCCCAUUCAUACCUCCCAACUACCACGACACAGAAUGGGGAUGGAGAUGCAAUGGACACCAGCGAAAACACAUCGGCAGAACCACGAAAAGCGGGUACAUUUUUUGUCAGCUCUGGGUUUGAUCGCAAUAUCAACGUGUUUAGUGCAGAUGACUGGUCGUUUGUGAAAUCGUUGAGUGGUCAUUCGGACAAAGUGUUGAGUGUGGAUAUUAGUCCUGAUGCAAAGUGGAUUGCGAGUUCGAGUCAUGAUCGGACGGUUAAGUUAUGGGGGAUUGAAUAGAUGCGAUCAGUUUCUACUGUUGUAUCUUGUCCUAGAUCACUUCCUGACAGUCACCCAGCGACGAACUUAGCAAGGACAUCACUGCGAUUCAUGCGCAUGGGACCAUGGGUAUCCCUGCUCCCAGCUGGCUUCUCACUCACCUCAGCAGCUAACAAUAUGGAGUAUCCAUAUACCAUAACACCGCUUCCGAGAAUCUAAUCAGCCAUCAGCCUAAUACCGCAGGUCCAGAGAUGAGAGUUGUACGUUCAACAUCUUGGAUCUUGAUAGAUUUUCUACCGACUAGUACCAAAGUGAUUAGGCGGAAGCAGCAUCAGGGACCAAUCGGCGACCCGCACUGUGACGUAGGCUUAAUUAGCUCCGAUUUUGAUAAA